AUGCAGAACGUCGUCUCGGUCAACGCAACCGAGACGGUCUUGCCCAUUCCGUUCUCUACCGGGUCGGGUCUUGACUGGCUCUGUGAGAUGGGCGUGUACGGGGAUUUGAUCGAAGUGGAUGCGGGUCAUGAUUUUAAUUCAGCCUGGUCCGACAUUAUUCGGGCUUACCGGAUUUUGCGGCCCGGCGGGGUUAUUUUCGGGCACGAUUAUUUUACCGCAGCGGAUGACCACGGGGUGAGGAGGGCGGUAACUUUGUUUGCCCGAGUUUACGGACUCAAGAUUAAGCUUGAUGGGCAACAUUGGGUGAUUGAAUCGAGUUAA